AUGAAAAAAAAGUGCUACAAGUGCAAUCGCUUCGGCCACUUUGCACGGGAGUGUCGCGAGAAGGAAGACCAUUGCUACCGAUGUGAUGGAGUCGGUCACAUUGCAAGGGACUGCGAGCGCUCUCCCGAUGAGCGUGAGUUGCUUUUCCCGUCGAACUACUUCAUAGCUUCUCGGGUGUGCUAUGUGUGUGGAAAGGUGGGGCACAUUUCCCGAGACUGCCCCGAUGAGGACAAGGAAGGAAAGAAAUGCUACCGUUGUGGCUCCACUCGUCACCUUUCUCGAGACUGCACGGAAGGUGGACAGGAAGAGGAGGAUUCGACUGUUUGCUACAAGUGCAACGAGAAGGGGCACAUAGCUCGAAACUGCCACAAAUGCUUCAAUUGUGGUGGCUCGGGCCACUUUGCCCGUGAAUGCGAGGCUGCCGCCUAGACCUCCCCGCCCGCCGUACAACGGUCCUGCCCUCUCCCUGCUCAGGAAGGAAGUGAUCGCUCAGAUCUGAUAAAAUUCUUCUCCUCUCGAGCGGGUUGUCUCUCCUGCCCCGGGUAGCUCGCGAUGGAUGUUGGUGUUCGGUAUGACUCGAGAGUUCUUCGAUCUCGAUCCUCUCGGCCCCUCACUCACGAGUCUUGAGGGGGUCAGGCGUGCCCAUGUGGGCCCUGAAUUUCAAAAUUGGUGAAAGAAGCUGUUGGGCUGCCUCAUUCUCACAUUCUCCUUUUUUCUCUUUAAACUUUAGUCUUUCGUUGGUGUUCAGAUUGCUAUUUGCAAUGCAUACUUGAAAGAAAAAUUUUGUUCAAGUUUUCAAAUUUUGGACAUCGAGACUGGUCCAGUGUUACGUCUUUCUGUGUUAAUUUAAAUAUUACCACUUCUGACAGGAGAGUGAGAGGUUGAAUGAGCAGCUUUAGGUUUGGUGGAGUGAAGGGGAGUAUAGGCCUUGGGAUGCUCAUGCAGAGACAUCCUUUUAAUUGUCAAUAGUGCAGUUCAUUCAUUCCUACUAAAGAGGAUGUCUCUGCCGGAGCAACCCAGGACACCCGAGAAAUAUAAAUAAAAAAAAGUCCUUUCAGUAUGUCUCUGAAGCCCACGAGUUCAUUCUUCCAUCCAUGCCUGGUUUUUUUCCUAUACGAUGAGUUCCCACUAUAUGUCAGAAUUCUGUUUUUGGAAAGCAUGUAGUAUUCGAUAAUCUCAGAACUGGAGCAGGAGCGGUGGUCUGUUGGCGGGGGAGUUGAGGUGUUGACCCGUGGCCUUUGAAUCUUCACGUCUUUUUGUGGAUGUCGAAGGUCGGGUCCUAUUUCUGUCUCUUUCUCAUUUUCUUGCAUUGUCCCUGUUUUUGUAUAAUAAUCUUUGUCAUUUAUUUUUGUGCCUUUCAUGUUCACGUCAUUCAUUGUACAUAGUCUCAUGCGAACUGAAACCGAGCUCUUGUGUGCCCCACGAGUGAAACGGGGAAGGUAGAGAAAAUGCUCAUCUGAAUUCUUUGCUUUUUGUGUCUUCACUCUUCAGUGGUCUUUAUGGUUUGGGGUGAUAUGUUGAAGUAAACAGAAAGGAACCAAGCUGAGAUCAAUGGUGUGCUCUGAGAAUUAUCUGGUUGCGGUAUCUCCUUUCUUGUCGAUUUGGGGCUCUAUCUUGUUGAGGGAUUUUGCUUGUCAGAGAAUAAAAAUGUUUUCUGUGUCUCAUGA